CGUGCAUACAUGAAAAGCAUAUGAAAUUGGUUGGAGUACAAAAAAUGAGAAUAUAGAAAGACAAAACAGAGCGAAAAAGAUGGAGUUUAAUGUAAGCGGAAAUGCACUCAAGACAUUGGCAAGGUCGAUCACGUGCCUGGCACGCAUCGGCAACGAACUCGCUAUUCAAGCUUCUCCGUCUCUGCUGACAUUUCACAGUCUUAACUCAUCACGGUCUGCCUAUCAAUCUAUCUCACUGAAGCCAGAUUUCUUUGAUGCCUACAUAAUUCCUGGUGGUGCUCAGAUUCAAUGCAGUGUGCUGUUGAAGGCUAUUUGUUCUGUUCUUCGGACGCCAAUUGCAAGUAUUGACCAUUUAAGAGUGCACUUGCCAAGUCCUGAUGCAUCAAAAUUACAGUGGACAUUGGACUGCAAUAACGGUUUAAGGAAAGCCUAUUGGAUUACUUGCAAUGUUGAACCUGACAUACAACAUCUAUCUCUAGAUAGGAAUAAGCUUCCUAGCAGCUUUGUUGUUAGGCCUCGUGAUCUCAACAGAUUAUUAGCUAAUUUUCAGUCAACCCUUCAGGAGAUUACAAUCUUUGCAACUGAGCCAACUUCUGUGCCUGCUGAUGCCGCAAGUGAAAUUGGGGGGAAAGCUGUUGAACUUAGAAGUUACAUAGACCCAAGCAAAGAUAAUGAUUCAUCACUACACACACAACUGUGGAUAGAUCCUUCUGAAGAGUUUAUGCAGUACAAUCACACUGGUAACCCUGUUGAUGUGACAUUUGGUGUGAAGGAACUGAAGGCCUUUCUCUCUUUCUGUGAGGGAUGUGAAGUUGAUAUUCACUUGUACUUUGAGAAAGCUGGCGAGCCCAUUCUUAUGGCACCAAAAUUUGGCCUAGAUGAUGGCUCCACUUCAAAUUUUGAUGCUACACUAGUACUUGCGACAAUGCUUGUUUCUCAACUCCAAGAAAGGACAGACACAGGGCCACCACCAGCUGAAGCUACAACAAAUGAUGAAUCUCAUCAAGGAGUUGGAUCAAUGCGACAAGAGAAAACAAGGGGGAAUGUUUCUGAGCAUCCAUCUGAUCACACAAGAAUUUGGUCUGAACUUUCAGCAAGUGGCAUCAGAGGUGGUACUGGUGCCGAACAAAGAGACGCUCAAGUGGAAAGAAAUCCUAAUACAAAUCAACGAGAAGAUAUCCAUAGAAUUAGUGAAUUGCAUAUUGCCAGAGAUGCUUCGGGUAAAGGAAAUGUGCCAAAUGGCAGAGCUGAAACCAAUAAUCCCGGUUUUUCACAACACCAUCCUAGUAACUGGGUUGAUGCUGAUGAGGAUGAUGAUGAAGGUGACGAGCCUGAUCUGUGUAUCCAAUCCACACCACCAUAUUGUGAAGAAAGAUAACCAUUAUAAAUUGUCAUACAUUUACUGCAACAGAGCGACUGUUCCGUGUGUGCUCAUUGUGUAAGUGUUGCAAUUCAAUUUAACAUUUUUCUGCUUAGUUUUAGAAGGCCAACUUUCUAUGUUAAUACUUCAUGAUUGUUUAGCAGACUGACAAUGUUCAGAACAGGUAUGUCUAAAUCUCAAACGAAAUUUCAUUGGGAACAGAUAAUUGGUUGGCAACUAAAUGGAAAAUAGAUAUAUUAGCUAUCAAAUAUAGAACUGUAACUUGUAUACAGUCACAGGCAAGAGUGUAGAUCCACCUUUUUGUGUUAUGCCAUAAUUGCUGAGUUGGUUUGUGGUGGGAUAUAGAAGCAACUUCCAAUUUGCUGGAAUUGAUUGGGUUUGAUGAAAUGUCUUGCAUCAAGGUGCACUGUAGGGUUUAGAUGCGGUGAUUAGCUCUAUUAUAUCUCUAUUCCAAUCUGAUAUAUCUGGGAGCCAUAUUACUAAGAAUCAUAAUUUUUAUCAGAACAAAAAGCUGUUCAGAAACGUUCAAGGGUUGCAGAUGCAUUAAUCUUGAGUGCUGACCUUGUGUAAUAGGUUAUAUUUUAUGAGGCUAAACUUUAAUUAUGUGACUAA